AACACCCUUCGCACAUUUCCCAACUCCCGUACGGUGUCGCCCGAAUUCAAUUGCCAACAAUUCCAAUCCUUUCUGACAUCUGGCAAUUGAAACCUUCCACGGUUGCCGCCAAAUAAUCAUGGCUUUCCGACUUUUUACCCAGCCGCGGCUCCUCUCCCUUUCGCCAUUCAGCUCGCUCAUCGGACGAGGACCAGCUGCGGCAGCGCAGCGAGCGCUCCCUUCUCCUUCUGUUACUUGUUCCUUUUCGACCAGCAAUUCUCUCUUCGCCACAUACAACCAAGUUCUCCGAGGAUGUCGUGUUGCGCAGCGCGCCCGCAAGCCCGUCUCUCCCGCGCUCGUCGACCGACCUGAAAUGAAGGGCGUGUGUCUCAAAGUCGGCAUUACCAAGCCCAAGAAGCCCAAUUCGGCUGAGCGAAAAACCGCAAGAGUCCGAUUGUCCAGUGGAAGAGUCGUGACGUGCUAUAUUCCCGGAGAAGGCCACAACGUCCAGCAGCACUCCGUCGUUCUUGUCCGAGGCGGUCGUAGCCAGGACUGUCCCGGUGUGCGAUACCAUCUUGUCCGUGGCGCCAUGGAUCUUGGUGGCGUUGGCAACCGUAUGACCAGUCGAUCAAAAUACGGAACGAAGAAGCCCAAGUCUUCUUAAGCGCCUCCAGCCACAAGAUCCUCAUCUCGACAUACCUGUAUCAAUUUUUCGCUUCGUGAAUUUUGUCGUACAUAGCAGCAUUUCUCUUUAAUUUUUGGGGCAUUUUAUACCGGACGCUCGACCAUGACGACAGCAGUCGCAUGAUUACAAAAACCACCUUUGUUAUUUCAUGGCGAGACAUGGGCAUAUGGCGUUGUUAUGGAUUCACGUACUUUCUCAACUUGAUUUUCGCGUUGAAGACAAAUGGAAUAAGACUAGUUCACCUAACGAAUCCUACUCAUAGAUAGCCUCUCUUUCUGUUUGGAAAUAAAUGGCAUUUAUGGGUUACUAGAAAGCAUCAUUCUCCGGUAGC